AUGGAGCCCCAGGAGCCAGAGUCUCUCGAAGCUCUUUUCUCAGUUUUCAAGAGCGGCGCAGCAGCAACGGAAGCUGCACCUGGAACGAAAAAAGCAGCCGCAGCUGCCAAAUGCGAAGCUGCUGCUGCUGCUGCUGCUGCAAAGAAGGAAACCAAGGAAAAGAGCAGCAGCAGCAAAUCCAAAAGAGGAUCGAGCUCUUCUCAGCAGCAGCAAAACAAGAAAAAGCGGCGGGGGGCCCCCGCAGCCCAGGAUGGGGCCCCUGGUGGGAAGCGGCAGCCGAAGGCGGAGGCUGCGAGCGGGUCGGGCCCUGCAGCAGCAGCAGCAGCAGCAGGAGCAGGAGCAGCAGCAACAGCAGUAGCAGCAGCAGCAGAGGGCGCAGACAACCCCUUCGCAGGGGCCCCUGCUACUGAUGGCCUCAAAACUCGAGUUUUGCUCUCCGACAAAAAUUGUCUUCAUGAAGUUGUUUAUCCAGAGUCUGUUCCGACUCGCUUCAGGGACUUCCCGCUGCAGACAACAAUCCCUGCUGCUGCUGCUGCUGCAGCAGCAGCAGCAGGGGGCGCUGCUGCUGCUGCUGACGGCGGCACAGCAGCAGCAGCAGCAGCAGCAGCAGGGGUGCAGCAGCAGCCGCGAGUUGCUGCGCGUCAGUGGAAGUUCGUGCUGGACACGUUUCAGCAGCGCAGCAUUUUGUGUCUGGAAGCAGGAGAGAAUGUUCUUGUUGCUGCUCACACUUCCGCAGGCAAAACUGUUGUUGCAGAAUAUGCUGUUGCAAUGGCGCUGCGGGACAAACAAAGAGUCGUCUACACCAGCCCCAUCAAGGCUCUGUCGAACCAGAAGUACAGGGACUUGUGCGAAAUCUUCGGAACGGAAAGUGUGGGGCUGCUGACCGGCGAUGUGUCUGUACAGCCCGAGGCCUCCAUCGUGGUGAUGACAACAGAAAUCCUCAGAAGCAUGUUGUACAGGGGAUCCGUCCUUGUUCGAGAAGUGCGCUGGGUGGUGUACGACGAGAUUCACUACAUGCGGGACCGCGAGCGCGGCGUGGUGUGGGAGGAGAGCAUUAUUUUGCUGCCAGCAGGCUGCCGGCUGGUGUUCUUGUCCGCAACAGUUCCCAACGGGAAGCAGUUUGCAAGUUGGGUUGCUGCGCUGAAGCAGCAGCCCUGCCACGUGCUGUACACGGAGAAGCGCCCCACGCCGCUGCAGCACUACAUGUACCCGCAGGGGGGGGAGGGGGUGUACUUGGUGAUGGACGAGCACAAGGUGUUUCGCGAAGACAGCUUCUUGCGCGCGGUUGCUGCGCUGCAGCACGCCGCGGAGCAGCAGCAGCAGCAGCAGCAGCAGCGGCGCAGGCGCAGGAGCCGCAGCGGCAUUCAGAAGAUCCUCCUCAUGUGCGAAAUGAGGAACUACACUCCUGUUAUUGUCUUUUGCUUCUCGAAGCGGGAGUGCGAGGCCAACGCCCAGGCGCUCAUCGGCAGGGGCGACAGCAGCAGCAGCAGCAGCAGCAACGGCAGCAGCAGCAGCGCCAACUUCAGCCUCACCAGCGAAGAGGAACGCAAAUUCAUCGCAGAAAUCUUCCAAAAUGCCGUCAACACGCUCGACGAGGAAGACCGACAACUCCCACAGAUCAAGUCUAUCCUGCCGCUGCUGCUGCGAGGCAUUGGCAUUCACCACGGGGGUCUGCUGCCUUUUGUGAGGGAAUUAAUUGAAAUUCUUUUUCAGGAGUCGCUGAUUCGGGUGCUGUUCAGCACUGAGACCUUCAGCAUGGGAGUCAACAUGCCCGCCAAGACUGUUGUCUUCACCGCAAUUCGCAAAUGGGACGGAGAGGCCUACAGACUCAUCAACGGCGGAGAGUACAUCCAGAUGGCCGGCAGGGCCGGCAGGAGGGGCCUCGAUGACAGAGGCAUUGCGAUAAUAAUGUUUGACGAGCAGGUGGACCCUGAGGAGGCAAAGGGUUUGUUCAUGGGAGGCGCAGCUCCUUUAAUUUCAACUUUCCAUUUGGGAUUUAAUAUGCUUUUGAAUUUAUUUCGAAUUGAAGAUGCAGAUCCGGCCUACAUGAUAUCCCGCAGCUUUGCAAAUUUCCAGCAGCACGGGCGCUCUUUGAAGCUGCAGCAGGAGCUGCAGCAGCUGCAGCAGCAGCUGCGAGCAGCAACAGACAUUCGCUCUCUUGUGACUCUUCCAGAAGGCGAAAAAGAGCCGGACUUCGACGUGGAAGAAGCAAUAAGCAGCUUCUACGGACGGAAGCACGAGCUGCUGCAGCAGGGGCGGCUGCUGCGCUCCAUUGCAAUGCAGCCGCAGCAGCUGGCGCGCUUCCUGCAGCCGGGGCGGCUUGUGGGGCUGCUGGAGGACGACGGCACUGAGUGGGGCUGGGCCACUUGCGUGCAGAAGCUUCAAAAACGAAAAGUUCCCUCCACAAAUGCCCACGAAGGACCCACUGAACAGCUGCUGGUCCACUGCCUCGUUAGCUGCGACCCUCUCUCUGUGCAGCCCCUCGAGCCCAAGGGGGCCCCCGGGGGCCCCCCAGCAAAGGGGGCCCCCGGGGGGCCCCCAGAAAAGGGGGCCCCUGGGGGGGCCCCCGCACCCAUUCGGCCCCACAAGCCCCGCCCGGCGCCUCCUGUGGGAGAAGAGGGCAAGGAUUACGUGCUGGAGGUGGUGCCGUUCAGCGUGUCAUGCGUGGCGCGAGUCAGCAAAUGCAAAAUGUCGCUGCCAGCAGGAGGAGAUGUGGAUUCUGCAGAUGCUCGAAGAAGCAUUAAUUUCCAGCUGCAGAUAAUUCAGGAAAAAUUCAAGGACUGCGGCGGCUUGCCGUUGCUGGAUCCCGUGGUGGACAUGAAAGUGGACCAUCCGCAGCUGGCGGAGCUGGUGAGCCGGAUGGCAGCUUCUGAAGCAGCUCUCAAAGAAAACCCUUUCAAUGGCCAUCCGCUUUGCGCCCUUUACUACGCAGCGCAGCACAAACGCAUGCAAAUGCAGACAAGGCUGCGGGAGAUUCAGGCGGAGCUCGAAAUGCAGAAAAAAACCGCCAUCAAGGACUCGCUGCGGAGCAUGCGCCGUGUGCUGCACCGGCUGGGCUUUCUGGAGGGGGAAGACGUGGUGACUUUGAAGGGGCGCGUGGCCUGCGAAGUGUCAACAGCAGAUGAACUUCUUGCUUCUGAACUUUUGUUUUCAAAUGCUCUCAAAGAGUUGACUCCUGAAGAGCUCUGCGCAGUCCUCAGCUGCCUCGUCUACCACGAGAAGCACGACGAGCCCGAGCCCACAGAGCCCAGGCUCCUGGCAGGUAACGCCGUCCCCAGCAGCAGCAGCAGCAGCAGCAGCAAAGAUAUUCGCGAAGGCGGAGUAGCCACUGGGAAGCGAAACAGAGAAAGAAUCCGCAGCGAAGCCACACACCAGAAACAUGCAGCUAACGGCGAACGCGAAAAGAAAGUGCGGGAAGUGGCGCGUUCGAUCGCGCGGGUGUUCGUGGAGUGCGGGUACGUGUGGGGCUCCGGGGCCGCGUCGGAGCAGCAGCAGCAGCAGCAGCAGCAGGAGGGCGGCUGGGCGCGGGGCGAGGCGCAGCAGCAGCAGCGGGAGGUGGAGGCUGUGGAGGCGUACGUGAACAACUUCAAGCCCGCGCUGGUGAGCCUCACCUACGGGUGGGCCACUGGUCACUCCUUUGCUGCUCUCAGCAGCACCACUGGUCUUUACGAAGGCACCAUCAUUCGCUGCAUGCGCCGCCUCGAGGAGCUCCUCAGGCAACUUGCAUGCGCGGCCAAGGCCAUUGGCAACCCCGACCUCGAGGCCAAGUGCGUCGCCGCGAUUCGCCACCUCCGCAGGGGCAUCGUCUUCUCCUCUUCCCUCUACCUCUGA